UCUGAAAAUCCAGGCCAGUCAGCCACACUAAUACUGUCAGUUAUGGGUAGAAGAGGUCCGUCUUCGAUGACUGCUGAACAAGUUAGCCUGGCAAAAGUCUCAGGUCCUGAGAGUUUUAGCAAUGGUGUACUAACUCAGAUGGACAAUGGAGAAAUUCUGGUGACUGUUGAGGCUGUCCCUAAAGGCGAGUUUGUGGUCGUUGUAAAAGGAACUGACAAAGUGUCCAACAGUCAAUUUCAGAGGCAGUCAAACACCCAAAUGUCUCUCUCCAAAGUGAAGAUCCAGGCUGUGGUGGACAGCAGUGUGGAGCCAGGACAGACCUUUAAGCUUCCAUUCAGUGUGAUGACUCAGAGCUCUGGUGGAAAGUAUUCCAUCAGUGCCAGAAAUGACAGAAAAUUCCCCAUGAUUUUCCCAAAUGAACUCACCCUGGUAACUGGGCAAUAUGCCAAUGCUACAUUGACCAUAACACCACCUGCCAGCACGCAGUCAGGCACUGAUGUCACACUGACUAUUGACGCACAGUCAUCCAAUGGCGUUGACGCAAAUUAUGCUGUUUUGAGAUUGUCUGUUGUUACCAAGAUUACAGAUUUUAUUCAGCCAUUAUGUAAAGUGGUUAGCGUGCAGGAUAACAAAUGCCCUCGUGAUCUAUCCCAGUGUGGACAUUUCCAGUGGGGGCUCUCAGCUAACAUUACAGAUGGAAACGGAACUGGGAUAGAGAGCAUUUCCUUCCAUCAGGGUAAUGGAACCCUCACAUACACCUCAUUGAGCGCUCCUAUCAUCGUGGCAAACUACAAUGCCUCCUGCUGCUCACAGACUGUUGAAAUAAUAGCUGUAGAUAAAGUUGGCAAUGUGGGAAAAUGCUACCAAUCAAUUGCUAGGUCAGGUGUCCCUCCUGCUCUUACUCUGCCGCUGCCACUGUGGAUAUGCCUGUUGGUAUCUGCCUUCUUAGUAAGGCCUUGAAAGACUCAGGUAACAUUAUGCUAAUCUUGUGUCUUUAAUCUGCGCCAAAUUUAAAUCAUUUAAAAUAAUGCACUUCUGCUAUAAUGUCUAUUUUGCUUACUGGUGUUCAGCUUAAAUAAAGCUUCUCUCAGCUUUUCCCUU